AUUUGGAAUGUUUGAUCGAGACAAUUACCUGUUAUCUACUGCCAAAAAAAAAUACGAUGAGCUCACCUCUUCGCGCUGGUUGAUGACGAAUACAGAGGAGCUUAUACGGUUCUCGUUACAAGGUAUCUCGCACGCCCCCCGGAAGAGACACCAUCUCCUCCGCCGCGCAGUCACGCACUGUCGCUCGCCGGCGCCAUCGACGCCCAACGCCGAUGCUGAGGCCCCCGGACCAUCAGGUGGCCGGCCACCAGGCCGUGGAGGGCCAGCUGGGCCCCCUCGUCGACGGCGCGGGGCUCCUCUACAAGACCCUCCAGGGCGACGACCGCGGGGCCCAGGAGGCGGCCUUCUACUCGUCCUUCUCCUCCGAUCCCCGCGUCCCUCCCCACGUCCGCGCCUUCUUCCCGGGCUUCCACGGCACCCAGCUCCUCCCCGCCUCCGACGGCUCCGGCCCGCACCCGCACCUCGUCCUCGACGACCUCGCCGCCGGCCUCCGCCGCCCGUCCCUCAUCGACAUCAAGAUCGGCGCGUGCACCUGGUACCCCUCCGCCCCCGACGACUACAUCCGCAAAUGCCUCAAGAAGGACCGCGACACCACCAGCCUCGCCCUCGGCUUCCGCAUCUCCGGCGCGCGGAUCCACCAGGGCGGCGACGCCGGCUUCUGGCGGCCCGAUCGCGAGGCCGUCCGGCGGUUCACGGCCGAGGACGUCCGGCGAGCGCUCCGGCAGUUCGUGUCCUCGAAUCCGGCGUCGGAUCCGGGCCCGCCGGACUGCGCCUUCGCCUCCGCUGUGUACGGCCGGUCGGAUGGGGUUCUGGCGCAGCUGCUGGAGCUCAAGGCGUGGUUCGAGGACCAGACGCUGUUCCACUUCUACUCGGUGUCGGUGCUGGUGAUGUACGCGAGGGAGGAGGUCGAGGCCAGGAGGGCCGGCGGCGGGGUUAGGGUUAAGCUCGUGGAUUUCGCUCAUGUGAUGGAAGGGAAUGGGGUUAUCGACCACAAUUUCUUGGGGGGGCUCUGCUCGCUGAUCAAGUUCAUCUCGGAGAUCCUCACCGACCCGGAUGAGUGCUUGGCCGAACCCAGCAAGGCGCACUUGAGCUUCGAGAAUGGGAGCUAAGGGAACGGCAACAGCAUAGUGGUUUUUUUUUUUUGGUAGCCCACUUAGAAUCUUCGAUUUGAUUUCGCUUUCUGAUACUGGAGGCAUGGCUGACUUUGCAGCUUUUAAUUUGAAGACUCUUCUAGUUUUAUCAA